AUGCUAUCAAAUACACUUAGAAUCGAGAGUUCCUCUCAUUGCACUACGCCGUCUGACCGCAAUGGCCCUCAGCUGGUUCCUGUCAAAGUUGGCUGUUUACAUAUCAAUUUGGCUACUGAGCGAGGACGGAAAAUAUUUCUACUACAGAUGUUGGUGCUGUGUUUCGUACCUCAUGCAGCUCUUGUCUUUCAAAACUGUACAGCCAUGGCCCAACUGUCACACACUAUGGACGCUUCCUUAUUUCUUGACCACAAGGUGGCGGCAAUUUUCUUACAUUGUGAGUCUGUGUUGGCGAUCCAGGAUGAACGCGUCGCCGUAACUAAGUACUUGGUACAGGGGGUGAAUGAACAAAGGUCGAAUCGGUGA